GAAAUGGCAUGAAUACAGCCUUAUACUGCUGAGACAAGCUUCACUGUGCGCGCGUUGGAAACUUACUUUGGACCGUCUUCCAAUUUUAACGCAUUCGGACAAACUUAGUGAGUGAAAAGGGAGGGAAUAUAACAUCCCGAAGUCCGUGAAGUGGCACGCCGCUAUUUUUCCGCCUUUGAGCGCUCGCUUCAAACAAGGAUACUCUGGUGGACAUGUGAAUUUCAACAACAAUGAAGCACGCGGCUGUCCUGUGGUGCCUCGACUUUCUUCUCAUCACUCUCGCGUUUGGCUCCAGCACGGCGCAAUCAGUAUGUGCUGGCACGGAGAACAAGCUGAGUACGCUGUCAGACCUGGAGCAGCAGUAUCGUACCCUGAGGAAGUACUACGAGAGCUGCGAAGUCGUAAUGGGCAACCUGGAGAUCACGAGCAUCGACCGCAGUCGGGACCUCACAUUCCUCAGAUCUAUUCGAGAAGUGACAGGCUACGUGUUGGUGGCUCUCAACCAAUUCGACUACUUGCCUCUGGAGAACCUGCGGAUCAUCCGAGGGACUAAGCUGUACGAGGACCGCUACUCGCUGGCAAUCUUCCUCAACUACAGACGCGAUGGAAACUUUGGCCUGCGUCAGUUGGGUCUGAGGAACCUCACAGAGAUCCUGAGUGGCGGCGUAUAUGUUGACCAAAACAAGUUCCUGUGUCACGCAGACACCAUUCAUUGGCAGGACAUUGUCAAGAACUCAGGCGUGUACCCGGUGGUGGUGCCCAGCAACAGCAGUGGAACAUGUCAGAAAUGCCAUCGGUCCUGCAAUGGUCGCUGCUGGGGACCCAAGGAGGACCAGUGUCAAAGCUUGACUAAGACGGUUUGUGCCGAGCAGUGCGACGGCCGUUGUUUCGGUCCCUAUGUGAGUGACUGCUGCCAUCGAGAGUGUGCAGGUGGCUGCUUUGGACCAAAGGACACUGACUGCUUUGCUUGCACAAACUUCAACGACAGUGGGGCUUGUGUGACCCAGUGCCCCCAGCCUUUUGUCUACAACCCCACUACCUUCCAGCUGGAGCACAACCCCAGGGCCAAAUACACCUAUGGAGCCUUCUGCGUCAAGAAGUGUCCGCAUAACUUUGUGGUGGACCAGAGCUCCUGCGUGAAAGCCUGUCCCAGUAACAAGAUGGAGGUGGAGGAGAACCGCAUCAAGAUGUGCAUUCCUUGUACUGACAUCUGCCCAAAAGCGUGCGAUGGCAUUGGCACCGCCAGCCUGCAGACGGCCCAGACUGUGGACUCCAGCAACAUUGACAAGUUUGUCAAUUGCACCAAAAUAAACGGCAAUUUGGUUUUCCUCAUCACUGGAAUCAAAGGGGAUGUCUACCACAACAUUGAAGCUUUGGACCCGGAAAAACUGAAUGUUUUUCGCACAGUUCGGGAGAUAACAGGCUUUCUGAACAUCCAGUCUUGGCCCGACAACAUUACAGACUUAAGUGUGUUCAGUAACCUGGUCACAAUCGGGGGGAGAUCUCUCUACAGUGGAAUCUCGCUGCUGGUGUUGAAGCAGCACGGCAUCCUAUCACUUCAACUUCAGUCCCUCCGAGAGAUCAGUGCCGGGAAUGUCCACAUCGCAGAGAACAGCCAGCUGUGCUACUACGACACCGUCGACUGGACUCGAUUGUUCCGUGCUGCCAAUCAGAAAGCUUUGACCCGCAGCAACAGAAGCCCGCAGGACUGCUCCAAGGACCAUAUGGUGUGCGACCCGCUGUGUUCCGAUGCUGGAUGUUGGGGUCCUGGCCCAGACCAGUGUCUGUCCUGUAGGGACUUCAGAAGGGGACAAACUUGUGUGGAAAACUGCAACCUGUAUGAAGGGGAGAUUCGAGAGUUUGCCAACGGAUCGCUGUGCGUGGAGUGCGAUGGCCAAUGUGAGCGGGCCGACGAGGACUCUCUGACCUGCCGCGGUCCAGGCCCCGAGCAUUGUGUGCAAUGCCUUCAUUUUAAGGACGGUCCCAACUGUGUGGAGAAGUGCCCUGACGGUCUGCAAGGCGCCAACAGUUUCAUCUUCAAGUAUGCUGAAAGCAACAAUGAGUGUCAUCCUUGCCAUGCCAACUGCACACAGGGAUGCACUGGACCGAGACUUCAAGACUGUAUUGGCUGGAUGGACAGAACCCCUUUAAUCGCAGCAGGUGUGAUCGGUGGUCUCUUCAUGGUGGUCAUCGUUGUGCUGAGCGUGGCUGUGUCGCUGCGGCGGAAGAACAUCAGGAAGAAAAGGGCCCUCCGUCGCUUCCUGGAGACAGAGCUGGUAGAGCCUUUGACACCCAGUGGGACAGCACCUAACCAAGCCCAGCUUCGCAUUCUGAAGGAAACAGAACUGAAAAGGGUCAAGAUCCUUGGUUCCGGAGCCUUUGGGACCGUUUACAAGGGGAUUUGGGUUCCGGAGGGCGAAACAGUCAAGAUACCUGUAGCGGUUAAAAUCCUCAAUGAAGCCACAGGACCAAAGGCAAACGUGGAGUUUAUGGACGAGGCCCUGAUCAUGGCCAGCAUGGAGCACCCUCACCUGGUGCGUCUGCUGGGUGUCUGUUUGAGUCCCACCAUCCAGCUGGUCACACAACUCAUGCCUCACGGGUGCCUCCUGGACUACGUCUACGAGCAUAAGGACAACAUCGGGUCCCAGCUGCUGCUCAACUGGUGUGUCCAAAUAGCCAAGGGGAUGAUGUAUCUGGAGGAGCGCCGGCUGGUCCACAGGGAUCUGGCGGCUCGCAACGUCCUGGUGAAAUCUCCCAACCACAUCAAGAUCACCGACUUUGGCUUGGCCCGCCUGCUGGACGUCAACGAGAAGGAAUACAAUGCAGACGGGGGCAAGAUGCCCAUUAAGUGGAUGGCCCUGGAGUGUAUCCACUACAGGAAGUUUACCCACCAGAGUGACGUUUGGAGCUACGGGGUAACAAUCUGGGAGCUGAUGACCUUUGGAGGGAAACCGUACGACGGAAUUUCGACCAGAGAUAUCCCAGACCUGCUGGAGAAAGGCGAGCGUCUGCCCCAGCCGCCCAUCUGCACCAUAGACGUCUACAUGGUCUUAGUCAAAUGCUGGAUGAUUGACGCAGACAGCCGACCCAAGUUCAGAGAGCUGGCAGCAGAGUUCACCAGGAUGGCCCGUGACCCGCAGAGAUACCUGGUCAUCCAGGGGGAUGACAGAAUGAAGCUGCCCAGUCCCAACGACAGCAAGUUCUUCCAGAGUCUCCUGGAUGAAGAUGGGCUGGAAGACCUGAUGGAUGCUGAGGAGUAUGUGGUGCCCCACACCCUAAAUGUCCCCCCGCUGACGUACACGUCACAAACACGCAUGGACCCCAGCAAGAUUGGCAAUCAGGAUCCACAUUUUAGCCGGCAAGACCCGCGAGCCACCCUCCCUAGGGUUCUCCCUGAGACCAGAGCCUGCAUCGUGUCCCAAGACGUGGCCUCGGGAGGACAGAGCGCCGGUGGAUUUGUCCGCGCCAAAGCCGAGGACCCGCGAUGUAACGGCACCCUGAGGAAGCAGACCUCUCCCAGGUCCAGUGCCCUUGUGGCUGCGGGACAAGGUGGCCGAGAGGACUGUAGUGGGCAGCGUUACAGCGCCGACCCGACCGCUUUCCUGGCGGAGCGAGGAAGCAAAGGCGAGAAGGAAGCGGACACGUACACGACUGCCAAGAAGAGUUCAGACUACAUCAACCCUGUGGAGGAGAACCCCUUCACGACCCGUCGCAGGAACGGUGACGCCCACGCAGCGCUUGAUGGAGCAGGCUGCCACGCUCUGCACGUGGCCGCCGCCGCCUCCAGCAGCCACUCGGCCCACAUGAACGAUGAGUAUAUCAACGAGCCACUUUACCUGAAUACCUUUCUUAACCCCGGAGACAAGAACGGAUUAGCUUCCGCGGCCUCCUUCUCUCUCCCUGGAACCUCGGCCGCCCAAACCGUGUCGCAGACGGUGAACAAAUCGACGUCGGGUCAAGCGGCGGCCGCCGCCUCCGCCUACGUGCACGCCCCCGGUCACCUCCCGCACCCGGCCUACCCGUCGCACACCCUGCACCCGGGGCUUUCGGGACACGCCGUGCACUCGGGCAUCAGCGGCGGCACCAUCAUGUUGGAUAAGAAAAGGAAAAAGGCCACUUUUGACAAUCCUGAAUACUGGCAGCACAGUCUCCCCCCGAAAACCUCCCUGCACAACCCCGAGUACCUGCAGGACUGCAGCACCCGCUUCUUUUACCGGCAGAACGGACGCAUCCGCCCCGCUGUUGCCCAGAACCAGGAAUACUUGUCCGAGGCGGCGAUGAAAGCCGGUAACGUGCUGCCGCCCCCGCCCUACAGACAGAGGAACACUGUGGUGUAGUCGCCCACCUGGAGCUCCACGCUAACGUUCUCAAAUAGUGGCUGAAAGACUCGGCAUGUGCUGAGUGUGCUGCAGUAGCAGCCUCGCACAACUCCUCCUCCCGCUCUGCUCUCUACAAAAUUCCUUGGUUUCCUCGCUCUUAAAAUGACAUGACUGUAGAAACACGCGAUAGGGGAGUGAAAUAUAGGGUGCAAAAAAAAAAAAAAGAAAGAAAUAUAGGGUACCCCAAGGAGAGGAUGAUCGCCAUGCCUUUUGCAUCUAUUAUACCAGGGGUGUCCAAACUACGGCCUCGUGGGCCAAAUGCAGCCCGCCCACGUCUUCAAUUUGUUCUAGAAGUGUCUCGACUUGAAUUAGAAAUCUCAACCACAAGGAAGAUUGCAUUUAUUGUGAUGGUGAUAUUUUGACAUUGUCAUGAUGUCACCAUCUAGUCAACAACGUGGGUAAUACAGACGGAUGUCCUUUCAUUAUAUUUUCAAUGGAAAUAGGCACAGCAUUCACUUAUAUGACCCAAUGCAAACAACUUCCCCUAGUUGUGGUGCAGUAUAUAUAUCCAACCAACACAAAAUGUCAACACACAUGGUCACACAACACAACCUGUAAAAGCAACUUUAAGGAGGUCGUCACGGAAGUGAGGUAGAGGUCGAACGUUCACAUAUUCUUAAUAUCCAA